AUGCCUUCCCAACCCGGCGCGCAAUCACAGGCGCGAGACUCCCUGGAGCUCGCGUCGCUGGCGAGCUCGAGCUUGGCCAACGACGCCGCCGCAUCGGAAGAGUCCUCGCGGCCGAGCGUCUCGUCUUCGCGGAGGCUGUCGUUCAUAGAGGAGGACCCUCUAGAUGAGGAGAACCCGGCUGGCAGGACAGGAAUGCAUCCCCGCUCAUACUCCGUCUCGUCCGCCUUCGACUUUGCGGGCAAUCUAUUUCCACUCACCUCUACCACGGAAGGAGGCGGCUAUGCCCCCAUCGGUGCGCCCACGUCCGCCGCCAGGCCGAGCGGGGGUUUGGGAAGCGGGUCUCUGGAGAAGCACAAGACGCUGACGUACCUGAACGGCCUGUCGUUGAUUGUCGGCCUCAUCAUCGGCGCCGGCAUCUUCUCAUCACCCAGUCAGGUGAGCUCCAAAGUUGGAUCCCCCGGCGCUGCCCUGGUGGUCUGGGUCAUUGCGGGCAUCCUUGCCUGGACAGGCGCCGCCUCGUACGCCGAACUAGGGGGCGCAAUUCCCCUCAACGGCGGCUCACAGGUCUACCUGGCCAAGACGUUUGGCGAGAUGGCCGGCUUCCUCUUCACUUGGGUGGCGGUCUUGGUCCUCAAACCGGGCGGCGCCGCCAUUGUUUCGAUCAUCAUGGGCGAAUACUUUGGUAGAGCCAUUCUCGGUGCCGAGGUCGACAAGGUCAGCCCUUGGGUCAGCAAAUCGGUCGCCCUCGUCGGCAUCCUUUUUGUAACGCUCUUCAAUUGUAUCUCUACGCGGUUUGGCAUCACGGUGGCGAUUACGGGGUACACGUUCGAGGGCGACAAGGACGUUGUGUGGAACGCGCGCGAUUGGUUCAACGGCACGUCUCCUGACCUUUCCAACUGGGCCGUUGCACUGUAUGCCGGUCUGUGGGCUUUUGAUGGAUGGGACAACACCAACUACGUAGUAGGCGAGUUUCGCAACCCGAGCCGGGACUUGCCUCGAGUGAUCCACACAGCAAUGCCCCUGGUGAUCCUCAGUUACGUCCUCGCCAACGUGGCCUACUUCCUCGUCCUGCCGGUCGACGUGAUCAACGGCUCCAACACGGUGGCCGUCAUGUUCGGGUCCAGGGUGCUCGGCCGCGCCGGGGCCUUGCUCAUCGCGCUCACGGUCAGCGCCAGCUGCUUCGGCGCCCUCAACUCAUCGGCAUUCACAGCGGGCCGCCUGGUCUACGUCGCGGGCAAGGAGGGCUAUGUCCCGGGCGUCUUCGGCCGCCUAGGCACGGGCAGCGAGGACCACGGCCUUUCGAGGCAGCGGCCGCGGGGUUGGUUCCUUAAAAAACUGCAUGCCUGCUUCGGAGACGACGACGUGGGCCUCUUUUACACGCCCAUUUACGCCCUGAUCCUGAACGGGGUUCUGACGGCCGGGUACUGCGUCGUCGGCGAGUUCGCCACCCUCCUCACCUUUUAUGGCGUUGCGGGCUACACCUUCUACUUCAUCACGGUGCUGGGGCUCAUUGUGCUGCGCGUCAAGGAACCGGAACUCGAGCGGCCAUACAAGACAUGGAUCACGACACCCAUUGUGUUUUGCUGCGUGAGCCUGUUUCUCCUCAGCAAAGCGGUGUUUGCACAGCCGCUGCAGACGUUGACGGUGGUGACAUUUGUCAGUGUGGGCAUCCCGGUGUAUUUCUGGAGGAUACGGGGGAGGGACCAGGUGACGACGAAGCGGGAGGUGGGUAACGGGGAGAGGAGAUGGUGGCGCUUCUGGAAAUGA